AUGACGACGACAAAUGGCGAUGACAAUGAUGGACUACGACAACGCCACGUUGUCCAUGCUGGAUCAAAUGCUCCAACAGUCUCCCCACCACGUCACGUCUCACGUCGUCCAAAAGGUUUUAUCGAACUUUUAAUGGCUCCAUUAAGUUUUGUAUUAGGUGACGAGGAAGAAAUCGAUCCACAAACUGCUGCCCGUAAGUUUACGCAUCAAUUACGGCAACGCUAUGGCGAGACCGUGACCCCUGAAUUUGAGCACACUUCUUUUCGGGACGCAGUUUCCACGGCUCGCACGGCGUCCAAGUUUUUACUGGUGUUUUUACACUCAAAUAUCCAUGAUCAGGCCGAUGGAUUUUGUCGGACCACCAUGUGUACGGAACGGAUGAGCAAUUAUUUGAAUAAUAGUGACUGUAUUGUCUCCUGGGCUGGUUGUGUGCAAUAUGCUGAAGGAUUUGGAGUGAGUUUAUCGCUUGGAUGUGCUUCGUUUCCAUAUGUCGCACUACUCUCGUGUGUAUCACGUGGGAUUCAUGUGAUUGAGAAAAUUACAGCCAUUUUACCACCUGAUGAGAUGCUUGAGAAAUUAAAUGCUGCAGUGGAUCGGAAUACGCAACUCUUAACGACGGCACGUCAUAUUCAUCAACAACGGACUGAAGCACAGAUAUUACGAGAACAACAGGAUCGAGAGUAUCAAGAAUCGCUCGCGGCAGAUCGUCGUCGGGAACAAGAGAUACGAGAAAAUGCUGCACGAAAAGAGAUGGAACGAGUAGAGAAAGAAGAAGAAGAACGACGUGUAAAGGAUAAAGCUCGUCGUGCGGAAGAAGAGGAAUCUCGCCGAAAAGAAGAAUACGGGAUGGAGAUUCAAGCUAAACGGGUUCGAAUUGCUCAGGGACCCAAGUCACGUGUUCCACCACCCGGUGCCGAUUACAAAACAGCGGUACUCAAGUUUCAUUUACACAAUGGCACGCGCCUUGAUCAUAUUUUCUACGCACAUGAUACGCUCAAGACAGUGCGGGACUUUAUUGACGUGGAGUUUUUUGACCGUGAGAUUACGAUUCGAAACUAUGAGCUCGCGACAAACUUUCCAAAGAAAGUGUACGGCCCGGAAGUACUGGAUGUUACGCUCACGGAUGCGGGCCUUGCGCCACAAGCAUUGGUGUUCGUACAAGAUCUUGAUUCGUAG